GCGUUCGGCUAAUACUGUCUCCGGCCGGCCGCCGUAGGCCGUCUGGUGACGCAACGUGACGUAUUAUCCCGCAGCUGUCAGCGGACUGUCAAGAUGGCGGCCCCCAGGGGUUGCGCGCUAUGGGGCUACUACGGCCGUGGGUGGUCGCGGGCGAGGCGGGACUGCCGGCUCCCCGGGCCUCGUAGCUCCUGGCCCGGGAGUCCGCUGGGCGCGCGGCUUUUGACCCAAGAGAAGCGGGCAACGGAAACGCACUUCGGGUUUGAAGUUGUAUCUGAAGAAGAGAAAGGAAACAAAGUCUAUCAGGUGUUUGAAAGUGUGGCCAAGAAGUACGAUGUGAUGAAUGAUAUGAUGACUCUUGGUAUCCAUCGUUUUUGGAAGGAUUUCCUGCUCUGGAAAAUGCACCCAUUUCCUGGAACCCAGCUACUCGAUGUUGCUGGAGGCACAGGUGACAUCGCAUUCCGGUUCCUUAAUUAUAUUCAGGCACAGCAUCAGAGAAAGCAGAAGAGGCAGUUAAGGGCCCAGCAAAAUUUAUCCUGGGAAGAAAUUGCCCGGAAGUACCAGAAUGAGGAGGAUUCCUUGGGCAGUUCCCACGUCGUGGUCUGUGACAUCAACAAGGAGAUGCUGAAGAUUGGAAAGCAGAGAGCCUCUGCUCAAGGAUACAAAACUGGACUUGCUUGGGUAUUGGGAAAUGCUGAAGAACUACCCUUCGAUGAUGAUAAGUUUGAUGUUUACACCAUUGCCUUUGGGAUCCGGAAUGUGACACACAUGGAUCGGGCACUCCAGGAAGCCCAUCGGGUCCUGAAACCAGGAGGACGGUUUCUCUGCCUGGAGUUUAGCCAAGUGAAUAAUCCGGUUGUAUCCAGGCUUUAUGAUCUCUAUAGCUUCCAGGUCAUUCCUGUCUUGGGAGAGGUUGUUGCAGGAGACUGGAAGUCCUACCAAUACCUUGUAGAGAGUAUUCGACGGUUCCCAUCUCAGGAGGAGUUCAAGGAGAUGGUAGAAGACGCAGGGUUUCAGAAGGUGACUUAUGAAAGUCUAACAUCAGGCAUUGUGGCCAUUCACUCUGGUUUCAAACUAUAACUCCUUCACCAUCCUGGAGCAUGAACCACUGACAUCCUGUCAAAAGCCUGCAGCUGAAGGAUAAUCAGGAUAGUGACAACAGCAACAGAACAUCUCCUCUUAAGGAUAUGUGCCUUGGACUCAUGUCCUCAUAUGACCAAUCUCAAAGUGGAAGAAACAAAUUCCUGUCACUUUAUUUCAGCUUUCACUAGGAACUGCUUCAGGCCUUCUCCCUGAGGUAUUGUGCCUUUAUUUUUUGCUCAGUUCCUGCUAUUUUUCUCUCAGCUGUACAGUGUGUGGUUAAGGUAAAACUCGCACUAAAGCUCAGUUUGAAGUGCGUUUGUAGUUUCUCUGCUGGUGCUCCCAAAGGGACAGUGAAUCAUUUGAAUCUAGUGAUUUGAACCAGAAAACUUCCUAACUGUACCUGAGUCUCCCUUUAGCCUAGGCCUGGCUGAGGGCCAAAAGCCAAGGCCCAUCAGACAGCUAACAAUCAUGAGCAGAAUUAUGUACUGAACCACUAAAUGAGUUUACAAUUUGUAACGCA